AUGUCUCUCAAUAGGUGGUCUUUGCCCAGCAGGGCCUUCAAUCGAGAGAAAUCACAAGACAGCAGCUCAAGUCAACGCCGAAAAUUCCCAACAAUUCAUAUCGGUAAUCCUGGCACUCGUCGCAGAGCGAAUCUCUCCUCCGCUUUCGCAAGUCUUUUCGACAGGGACGAGAAUCGUCAAAAUCCCAUAAUUCCUGACGACGAGAAUAAUACGAAGGAAUUGUUACCUCUUUCAACCCGCAUCGAAAACAUACCAUCGCCUCCUAGACUUAAAGAUGCAAAACAUGACUCAGGGCUUCACCAAUCCGACACACCCAUCUACUCAGCCUCCAGAGACCGAGUUGCUGGUCUUUUCACCAAACAAGAUGAAGUUACCAAACGAUCUCAUCCGGCCAUAUUGUUAGACGAAUGUGGACCACAUGCACGGGCUUCAAGGACAAAUACAAUGGGGGCUAUUAAACCUCCAACAACCAUAACGAGUGUACGUAGCGCUUCGUCAUCCUAUCCAUCAGAAGGUCUCCGCUCUCCGCCCGAACAUUCGGUCUCACCACAGUUGAAUACUUGGUCUGAAAGUUUCAUGUCUGAAAUGACUCCCUACGGAAUGUAUCCAUCAGAGGAGAGCUUGAGCAGAUCCACUUUCUCGACAAACGAGAUUUCGGUUCCUAGCGAUAGAGGUGGACAAUGUCUCAUGGAAGAACUGGCUGCAGUCGGCGGGAUUUCCGAUACAGAAACGAGGACAACUAGUAGGGAUUAUACCAGCAAGCCUCCUCUUUCAGAUAUCACAACAAUUGGUUCCUCAAGAGGACAAGGAGAUAACUUAUCCGAAACCUGCCACGAUGGAGAUCCCACUAGCCUACCAACCCAGGAGGUCCAGGGCCCCUUUACCCAGAUGAAUGGGAUACAUCUUUUAGAUGGCCAAUUCUCAAGUACAUCAGCUGUUUAUGGGAGCUUUAUUGAGCUAGAAUCAUCUUUUCGUCCCGAUUCGUCUGAGGAAGAAUUUCCAUUCCGACCAAGCAAUACGGGCUCUUUGGACCGUCUGCGCCAGAGCACGGAAACACAUGAGACGCGCCCUACUAAGAUUCAAUGGGUCAAGUGCAACACUAUGCCUGCAUCUAUAUCACAAAAGCCUCCCUUACGGGAUCGUCUUGCCAUAACAGCAGCCCAUUUCGAGAAUCAGAAUUUACCAGGGUUACACUUCCGGGGUUCCAGUGACUCUUCGAAUAACUUGGUCCAACGAAUCCAUAAGUUCAAGUUCAGAAAAUGGAUCAAGAAGGUGUGCCUCCGAACUAAAGUGCGCUUCGGUAGCGUCGUCAGGAUAGAGGCAUCAUCGCCGAAGGCAUUGAGCAAGAGAAAGUUGAAACCUCAGAAGUUACAGCGAGCGAAGAAGAGCAAAGGCGCCCACAAAGCUAAGCCGAAGCCGAAGAGGGUCCAUUGGAAGAAAUUCGAAAAGAAGGCCAAGAGUCAGGAUGGGAAAAGGCGCCGACUUGUACGUUCACUCCAAAAGAAAAAAAGCAUCCAGCUACCCGUCCAGGGAACCGAACAGGAAAUAUCGAGUCUCGGCCACAGGAGAAUACAGUCUUGCCCAGCCUAGUAAUUGAGAUGGAAUAAGAGGAUGGGUGCACUAUGCAGUGUAUAUGAGAUAAUUGGAAUUGAUUGAAG